GAUCCCGGUUUGAAGUCUGGGUGGGCAUCAACAAUCGAGAAGCAGAACUUCGCGCUUCUUUGAUUCUUUUUUACUGAGUUAAGUUUCCUCACGUUUCUUUUUUAAUGGAAUCAUUUCCCACAGCUUCAACCAUGGCGAGCCGGCUUUUUCACACUCUGCAUUUGUUGCUGAUUCUGGAGUCGAGCUGGGGUAAACUCGUGUCCGAGGAUCUGGGGGAAGCCGUGCGUCAAGGCGCCGAUGCGCCGCCGGCUGUGGAGCGGCGCGUCUUUGCGCAUGAAAGCGCGAACCGGGACAUGGUCUCCAUCAACAUGUUCAAAGAGUACGAGAGGUACAGCAAAGAGCCGCAGAGCCAGAGGGACGGAAACACCGUGAGGAGUUUUAAAGGUGUCCCGAGAGUCCUGCAAGGCAAAGAUGUGUUCCAGUUCAACCUGUCCUCCAUCCAAGAAUCAGAGCUCAUCCUCCUCGCCUCUUUUCAUUUCCUCUACAAGCGGCCCCGCCACCACCAGCGGCCGUGGCGUUUCCGAAGGCCUCGCCACCCAUCCGGUGGCCCCCAGCAUCCCCAUCCUCCCUCCCCGCAGCUCCUCUUCCAUGGAUCAUCCCCAAACUCAACUUUUGCAACACCGCUAGGAAACAUAACUCUUUCUCCUUUCAAGAAAGGCUCCUGGCAAACAAGGGAUGUAACGGCUGUGCUGAAACACGCCAGGGAUGUCAAACUGCUUGUGGUCACCGUGGAGUUUAAUAUGGGGUUCGGGGCGGCUCGGCCGCAGCAGAAGAGUCCUCAAGGCCAAGAGCGCCUCUCCCCAGCCAACAUGCCAUAUAUCUUGGUAUACACUGAUGAUCGAGCUAUAGAUGAGCCGAACAGCGUGGCCGUGUCACUCCAGCGGUACGGGUCCUUCCCUAUGGCAGAGGAUGCAUCCCCAUCAGCUUCAGCCUCAGCCUCAAGGAUCCGGAGAGAGCUUCACCUCCAGAUCCAAACCAACGACAUUCCGGAGGUGCAGUACAACACCCUGAAGAAUCACGAACUGUGGCAGAACACGUAUUUCCCGGCCAAAGCCAAAGCAGCGGUCAAACCGGGGAGGAAGCAGGGCCAGGAGAGCAACGAGGGCCUGGGCAAGCCCCAGGUGCUGAGCUUCGACGAGAGGACAAUGAAAAAGGCCAGGAGGAGACAGUGGAGCGAGCCCAGGGUUUGCUCCAGGCGCUACCUCAGGGUGGACUUCGCUGACAUCGGCUGGAGCGAGUGGGUCUUGGCGCCAAAGUCAUUUGAUGCCUACUACUGUGCCGGGACCUGUGGGUUCCCCAUCCCUAAAGUGGUGCGUCCUUCCAAUCACGCCACCAUCCAGAGCAUCGUCAGAGCUGUGGGCAUCGUCCCUGGCGUCCCUGAACCGUGCUGCGUUCCAGAGAAGAUGAGCCCCCUCGGCGUUCUUUUCCUCGAUCCGAACAGGAACAUGGUGCUAAAGGUGUACCCCGGCAUGUCUGUGGACACCUGCGCCUGCCGAUAGGGCCCGAGCCGCAGGAUGUGCGAUCGCUGAUGAUGAAAGAUUACGAGGAGGACGUACAUGUAGACUCGGCGUAUGUUAGAGGCCGUUUCCACCUCGAGGAGGACAGUAGUGAUGAGGACAGCUGAGGGUGAGCCGGUGGGACAGGUCUAGUUCCUGAGAACUCUGGUCUGAAUCUUGGACUAGUCCCUGCCGUGAUCCGACUCACCUUUUUCCUGCUUGUCUAACAGUUUUCAUAGAUGUGUUUUUCUCCACACUGCAUUUAUUUGUCUCCCAUCAUCCAAAAGCAGUUUUGAGAAGUGUACUUAAUACAAACCUGUGUCUGUAAUGGUCCUAAAUUUUCUAUGUAUCGAGGACAAAUCUCCUGCAGGUGGACAGUUGUCUCUGUUGAACCUUCAUAAGCUUUUUCAGUCCUUUUUCAGCACAUGUUCGCUUUUAUAAAGUGAUUUUUCCUGUUUAAUAUAAGAAAAGACUUGACUUUCUCUGGUCUCAGAAUGGACUCAGACCUGGUUUUGGAAUUAGCUCCAACUCGACUAAUCUCAGUGCCUGGGUUUCAACCAUGAAACCCUCUGACAUCCUCUUCUGCUUAUCCUCUCAAGGAUUCAUCUGACUUUUGGACAAACUGAACUGUGCAGUGACUCACAGACUCAGGAGGGUCUGAGGGCCACAGAGGCUGCAUGGCAGCACAUUUACAUCCUACCAAAUUAAUCAACCCAUGUCAUGGAAAUACUGUAGUGACUAAUGCAAACUAAAUGGUACCUAUUCUGAAAUGAUGUCAUUGAUCACCUCCCAUAUUAGCAAGAAAUGUUAUUCAUGCAUGAGAGGUAAUAUCUUUUUGAACUAUAUUUCAAUAUGUUUAUAUCUUGUAUAUAAUGACACCUACUGAGAUUUAAUGUACUGCGAGCAUUGUGUAGCUCGGUUCUGUAUGAGCACAGAGAAAAAAAACAGUGCUUUGCUGCCACCUGCUGUGCAUUUUGGGAAAGUUUAAGGGACUAAAACAUUUUGAAGGAGAAACUUCGAGUACUUCCUGUGGCUCCUCAGAAUCUGCCUUUAUACAUAAUGCUGUUUGUCAAGGAUGACAUGUACAGUUGGUGAUAAUAGUAGAUCUCCAUAGUGAGUAAAAAGGGAUAAAUGUAUCCGACGUUAUAACUGUGCUAAAAGUGUAUUUGAAUAGUUAUAUAAUGUGUGGCUCUAAC